AUGGCAGCUCACCCUAUAGUCACGGCUGGGGUGCGACACAGAAUUGGGAAUGGGCAGUCAACUCUGAUAUGGGGUCAUCCAUGGCUGCCGGAUGAUCCUAGCCCCUUGAUACAAACAAGUAUGCUGGAAGAGUUAAGAGAGGCGCGAGUGGCAGGUCUAAUUGAUCCACAAUCAAGCACAUGGGAUCCACAUAUCUUAUCUGAUCUUUUUAUCCCGGAGGAUGUGAACCGAAUACUUAAGAUCCCUGUAAGCCCUGACUAUGAUGACUCAUGGUAUUGGAUGGGGGACCCGAAAGGGACAUAUACGGUUAAGAAUGCUUAUAGGCGAAUUGUGGGUGAAUAUGAAAGUAAUCCAGGAACUUUUGAUAAAUGGGUGAAGAUGUGGAAGUUGAAAGUCCCACCCGAAUGGAAGACCUUUUUGUGGAGAGCCAUAUGUGAUAUCUUACCCACUACCACGAAUUUGAUUAUUAAAAGGGUGGAAGUGGACCCUCUUUGCCCAAUGUGUGCUUUAGAUCAUGAAGAUGUGUUGCAUGCUUUAGUGUUCUGCGAAUAUUCUACACUAGUAUGGAAUAUAACACAAUUGCCUAUAACAAAUAUUGUUACAGAUUCCUUUUCAACAUGGUUAACGGCGGCUAUGAUGGUCCUAACGAAGGAGCAAACACGGCUCAUGAUAGCGGUCCUAUACAGUAUUUGGAGAAGCCGCAAUGCGGCUGUGUGGGAACGGACCAUGGUGCGGCCGACCGUUGUGGUCCACUGUGCGGCAGUGGCGGAGAGGGCGUUCGGCACAGCACAUUACCGCCACCCACUGCCUGAACCGACGCCGAGUACGGGCCAAGAUCAGCACGAGAACGGCGCCACGUUGCGUUGCCAUGUGGACGCGGGGUUUCGCCAAGGAACCGGGGAGGCCACGUAUGGAAUUGUUCUAAUUUCACCCAAGGGGACCUUCGUAGCGGCAAAAAACAGCAAAUUGCAGUUUUGUAACUCACCACUCAUUGCCGAGGCUCUAGCCUAUAAGGAGGCACUUUCUUGGCUUGCAGAAAGGAAUAUCACAACAGCAAGUUGUCUCACGGAUUGUAUGGUUUUGCGGAGUACCAUGCAACAGCACACCACACCCAUUUACUCAUAUGUUGGGGUCGUGAUUGACCAAUGCAGAACUAUUAUGUCGUUGUUUAGUUCUAUUUCGUUAAACUAUGUUCAUAGACAGAUUAAUUUGCAUGCUCAUACUUUAGCUUCUUUAGCAUUCACUCAGGAUCAUUCUAUGUAUUGGGAUUCUAUCCCGUCCGACUCUAUUAUAGCUUUGAUCAAUUAA